AUGUUACCUCCAACAUACAAAAGAGGACCUGGAAGGGAAAAUCAAUUGAGGAGGAAGGAACCUGAUGAAGACACUGACAAGGGAAGGACACAAACAAUUUAUUAUUGCAUAAAUUAUGGUAUGCAUGUCCAUAAUGCAAAAAGUUGUACUUGUCUUAUGGUUGACAUUGAAGCUAAAAAAAGAAAGAGAAAACCAAAGAAAAAUGUAACAGUUGUUGAAUCUAGAAGUACAACACAAGAACAAACCCAACUUUAA